UGAUGGCAGUGCUGCCAUAGGAUGCUGAGCGCGCGCGCGUGCGGGAGGGAGACAGCGCUGCGUGUCUGCCUCCUCUCCGCUGGUGUUGCCUCCCCGUCGUUGCAGUGCUUUGCUGCUCUCCUCUCCCCUUUCUUUCUUUCGUUCCCUCUUCCUCGCUUUCGUACCCGGCGCCUCGCUGCGCCUCGCCUCUUCCUCUUCCUCCUCCUCCUCCUCCUGCUCUUCCCCCGUCCACCUCUUCCCACUCCCUUCGCAUGCCUCAGCCUCGCACCUCCGGCUAAGCAUCCCGGCAAAUGGUCGCUCCAUCCCCGGCAACUCUGGACGCAGGACACAGCGAAAAGGCGCACUGCUCGGCUUGGUUCUGAUCGGAGCACACUGCGGAUUGACUUGAGGGAGAGAGAGAGGGAGAGAGAGAGAGAGAGAGAGGGAGAGAGAGAGAGAGAGAGAGAGAGAGGCGGACCAGGCACAGGAGGGAAGACGAGGAGACGCCGGUCCCUGACAGGAUCACAUUUCGCAAUGCCAGUCCCAGAGCAGCCUGCAGAGCAGGAUAAGGGGGCGAUGGUUCCCCCUGUGCUGCCAGCCUCCAAUGGUGACAGAUCGGAGACAGAGACAACCUCUUCCAUCCUUGCCUCUGUCAAAGAGCAGGAGCUUCAGUUUGAACGGCUGACCAGGGAACUUGAAGCUGAGCGUCAGAUCGUUGCCACCCAGCUGGAGAGAUGCAAACUGGGAUCAGAGGCAGGCAGCAUGAGCAGCAUCAGUUCGACAGAUGAGCAAUUUCGCUGGAACGCUCAAGCCGAUGGACACAAGGAUAUUGAGGAUGAGCUGACCACAGGUUUGGAGUUGGUGGAUUCCUGCAUUCGCUCUCUUCAGGAAUCAGGAAUACUUGACAGCGGAGAACGACCGGCUCUUCUUUCCCAGAGUUCCUUGCAGCUCAACUCCACCCCGGAGGCUUCGCUCCAGUACUCUGCCAGCUACCAUAGCAACCAGACCCUCGCCCUUAGCGACAGCAUCUCCGCAGCAACUCCUCAGCGCAGCGGGCACGUUGGAGGAGCUGUGCACAGCUACAACCAGGUGACAUCUAGUCGUGCAGCCCAGCAACAACAAUCACAAACCGGGGCCGGAUCAGGUAUCUACUACUCCAGCUCCACCUUGCCUGCCCAGCGUGUCAGUUCUCCUCUGUCUGGAGGAGGAGGCGGCUCAGGGUCCGGUUCCCCUAGUAAGCUCCAGCGCCUGGGAUCAGCCUCUGAGUCAGCGGGCUACUCUACCACUCAGCGCCUGCCUUCCUCUUCCUCCUCCCCCAGCAAACAUUCCUCUGCUAAUCGACUGGCCAAGUCAUACAGCACCACAGCUGCUGUGACAACAGCAGGAGGGGCGGGGUCUCCCCUGAGGGUGGCAUCUCCACCCAACUCUACAGCAGCAGGGGGAGGGGCCAGCUCAUCAUCGUCCCCACUUCACCAGAUGAGUUCAGGCAUAGGGAGCUAUGCUACUCUGUCUCCCAAAAGACUGGCAGCUCACCACGCGUCUGACCAGUACAAGAUCUCCCACGAGCUCUACGCGACUGCAACACUACAGAGACCUGGAAGUCUGGCAGGCUCUCGUGGCUCCUACAGUAGUCAGCACUGUCAGGAGCCCCUUCGGCCCUUGGGGUCCCCAGAGCACCAAAUAGAUCCCAUCUAUGAAGAACGUGUCUACCACAACAAGGGUCCCAUGAGGAGCCUCAGCCAGAGCCAGGGGUCGGACUCAGGCCCCUAUCGCAACAACACCGCUCCCUCCUCCCCUGGUGUCGACUCCGCCCCUUUGCAGCGCACAGCAAGUCACAGCACUGGGACAGGAAACUACGGCCGAGGCGGGACCAACAACUAUGCCACAGUGGGGCCAGGCUACACCUCAAGUGGAGGUGGUGGAGACUUAUAUGGCUCAGACCCCUAUGUUGCAGACCCCUACCGCACCCUGCAGUACUGCCCCUCAGUGGUGGAAUCACCCUACAGCAAGUCUGGACCAGCCCUGCCGCCUGAAGGCAGCCUGCAGCGUUCACCUUCUAUCGACUCUAUUCAGAAAGACCCAAGAGAAUUUGGGUGGAGAGAUCCAGAGCUGCCAGAGGUGAUCCAGAUGUUACAGCACCAGUUCCCAUCGGUGCAGUCCAAUGCAGCAGCCUACCUACAGCAUCUCUGCUUUGGAGACAACAAGAUCAAAGCUGAGAUCCGUAGACAGGGAGGCAUUCAGCUGCUGGUGGACCUGCUGGACCACAGGAUGAGCGAGGUUCACCGCAGUGCCUGCGGAGCCCUGAGGAACCUGGUGUACGGCAAAGCCAACGACGAGAACAAAGUAGCUCUGAAGAACUGCGGGGGGAUUCCUGCACUGGUCCGCCUGCUGAGAAAGACUGGCGACGUGGAAAUCAGAGAGCUGGUCACAGGUGUGCUAUGGAACCUGUCAUCAUGUGACGCUCUCAAGAUGCCAAUCAUUCAGGACGCCCUGGCUGUUCUGACCAAUAGUGUCAUCAUACCCCACUCGAGCUGGGACUCCUCCCCGAAUCACCAUGAUGACCGAAAGCUUCACCUCCAUACCUCCCAGGUGCUGCGCAAUGCUACAGGCUGCCUCAGGAAUGUAAGCUCUGCAGGUGAGGAGGCAAGACGAAGGAUGAGGGAGUGUGACGGCCUGACAGAUGCUCUGCUCUACGUCAUCCAGACCUCUCUGGGCAGCGGCGAGAUCGACAGCAAGACUGUAGAGAACUGCGUUUGCAUCCUGAGAAACCUGUCUUACCGAUUGGCUGCCGAGACGUCUCAUGGCCAGCAGGGGGGGUUGGAAGAGUUGGAUAGCCUGCUUUGGGAUGCCAACGGUCGUGAUGGAGAGAGCUCUGGCUGCUGGGGCAAGAAGAAGAAGAAAAAGAAGGGAAUUGACCAGUGGGAUGGUGUGGGCCCCUUUCCGGACACGGCAGAUCCUCCAAAGGGGGUUCAGAUGCUGUGGCACCCGACCAUCGUCAAGCCCUACCUCACCCUGCUGUCUGAAUGCUCAAACCCCGACACCCUGGAGGGAGCAGCUGGGGCUCUGCAGAACCUUGCAGCAGGCAGUUGGAAGUGGUCGGUGUACAUCCGGGCGGCUGUGCGUAAGGAGAAAGGCCUUCCCAUCCUGGUGGAGUUACUGAGGAUAGACAAUGAUAAAGUGGUGUGUGCCGUGGCCACCGCUCUCAGAAAUAUGGCCCUGGACAUAAGGAAUAAGGAGCUCAUUGGUAAAUAUGCCAUGAGAGAUUUGAUCCAUCGGUUACCAGGCAGUAGUAGUAUUAGCAGCAACAAUAAUGCCACCAGCAGUGGGACCUCCGGAAACAUAGGCCCUCCCAGCAAGGCCAUGUCAGACGAUACAGUAACUGCCAUCUGCUGCGCACUGCACGAAGUCAUCACCAAGAAUAUGGAGAAUGCCAAAGCUCUGCGCGAUGCUGGUGGCAUCGAAAAACUCAUCGGCAUCGCCCGCAGCAAAGGAGACAAACACUCAGCAAAGGUGGUGAAGGCAGCCUCUCAGGUUCUCAGCAGUAUGUGGCAGUAUAGAGACCUACGCUCCCUCUACAAAAAGGAUGGAUACUCCCAGUAUCACUUUGUAGGCUCUGCCUCAACGAUAGAGAGAGACAGACAGAGGCCCUACUCCUCCUCUCGAACUCCCUCCGUCUCCCCCGUCAGGACGUCCCCGAAUAAUCGCUCUGCGAGCGCUCCAGCCUCCCCCAGAGAGAUGAUGAGUCUGAAAGAACGUAAGAUGGACUACGAUUCCACGGCAACCAACGCAGGUUUCCAUAGCAACAAAGGAGAGCACACAUCCCGGAAAGACGGCAUGGCAGUUCAAGUAUCGUGUGGGACAUCUACAUUGUUCCGAAACUCCUACCUGACUGCCAUUGAUGAUAUCAAGCAGAACCAGACUCCAGCCCAACCCUGCGUUGUGCCCCCUCAGCUCCAACAGGACAGCCCAUCAGCAGCCGUGCUAAAAGACUACGACCCCUACCCUGCCCCUCCUUCCUUUCCCCAGCCUCAGCCACCGCAGCCCCCGCCUCACAGCCAGAGCCGGAGCUUCGACGAGGUCUACUACGAGGACCAGGCGCCGCCACCUGCUCCAUCCCAGCCACAGCCACAGAUACAGGUGCAGGCCCAGCCUCAGGCCCAACCCCAGCAGCCUCCGAACUCCACUGGACCGCCCCGGGACCCACGGGAAGAUCUGCGCAUGCAUCUGGGCCUCAAAUCCACCGGAAACUACGUAGACUUCUACUCGGCCUCUCGGCCAUACAGCGAACUGAACUAUGAGACCAGCCACUACCCGGCCUCGCCUGACUCCUGGGUCUAGUUACAAAAUAAUCAUGGGGGUGGGGGGCAGGACAGAGUCUUUGUAUGCUUGUGUAUAAGGGAUUAUUUUGCAAGAGAUCAGCAGCAAAUGAACAGAAGGUGACAGCAAUCGCAUAUUGAAAAGGUAUCUUGUAGCCGACGGCAGGAAAUUAGUGUUCCUUUAAUGUAAGGUGAAAGACUGAAAGAAGGGAAAAUCGGGUCGAGAAACUGUGCAUGUGCAUGCCAACAUUUUCCUCUUUUGUUUUUUAAGACCACUUUGUUUCUUCAAAGUCAGCUCCAUUGUAUUGGUGAUUGGAUAAGGAGCAGGUGGGAGUAGAUAUGAAGUGUGUUGAAAGUGUAAAAGACAAGUGGGCAAUGGGAAUAUAGAGAGAAAAGGACCAGGCAGAGAGCACACAGAGGCCUAGAGAGGAGGAGAGAGAUGGGAUCAAAAAAUAAUGGGAAGCAGAUGACUGUAGGAAUAGGAAGUGGCCUGACCAUUUUGAUGAAGAUGGAGAGAGACAAAGAGGGCAUGAGGGUUGUUGAGGAGGUCGGGAAGAAUAAAAGCACAGAGAAAGAUGAAAGCACAUCAGACACAAGACAAGACCUGGAUGUUUACCAUUUCACCCAAGUGACAAAAGUAGCACUGCUUUUAUCCCCCUUUUUUUGAUCCGAUGGCCUUGUUGCCUACUGAGACUUCUGAAUUUGUUUUCAAGGAAUGUCAUCUUCAAGAGACUAAUUUUUUGUGACCAUUCUUUUGCAUCUUUCUUUAUUUGUACUUUUUCUAAAUUUUCACUUAAAAAAAAAAAGCAUUUUUAUUUCUGUAUAAAGUUCAAAGGUGAUAUAGAGUGUAUAUUACACAUGUUUUUGAUGGGGCCACUUACGAAGAUGAGAUUUGUUUUCCCCCCAUGAUUGACUAUCAACUGAAACAACAAAAAGCAACAAAAAUGAAGUGAAGUGCAAACACAAAAAAGAGGAAAACACAAAUCGUUAGGAUGGAUGUCAGUGGAUACCUUUGCUUUUGCCCUGUCCAAGCCCAAGAGGAAGCCUUGCAGUAUUCGUGUUUUUUCUCUCUACAUCAACUUAAUUUUCUGCGGAUAUGCUCAAACGUCAAAAGCAGUUCAAGGCUGCCAGAGCAUCAGACUGGCAGAGCAGCAUCGCUCCCAAGCCCCUGUCAACACAAGUUAUUUUCCACUGCCUAAGGAAUACAUGUGUAUGUUCCACACGCUUUGGAAAGGAUUGUCUUUUCCUUCUGGGGAGCACAAUUCUUUGUCCAUGUCAACUUUCACUGGUUUCUCAUCAUCAGUGUCAAGCAUAAAAACUGGUCCGUCCAACAAGAUAUUGUACAUCUCAAUAUACAGUAGAGAAGAAAAAAAAGAGAGAGAAAGAGACUUAACUUUGUGCCAAACUUUGACACCUCCGGACCAGUCCUAGUGGAAUUUAAAGGGACAUUCUGUCAAAGUUUAUAGACCAUGACCGGAUGACUCCCUCUGCUGUUUUUUAAUUUUAAUUUUCUUGUGUUUUGAUCAGGUGAAGACAUACUUAUUGCUAGGGAUCAUGGGUAACAUCUCCCUCCCAUUGAUGUACAGACCUGCCUCUCUGAGGUUGCUGAGCAUGUGUGGGCGGGCGUGUGUGUGUGUGUGUGUGUGUGUGUGUGUGGGCGGGCGGGCGUGUGUGUGUGUGUGUUAGUGGACACAUGAGUGUGCGUGUGUGUGCGUGUGCGCGUUCGUGUACGUGUGCAUGUAUGUGACCGAAUGUGUGGCCCAUGUGUGUACACGUAAACUUGAGCGAGCGUAUCUAUGCAUGCAUGUGUGUAGUAGUGUGUGUAUGCCUCUGUUGCGUGUAUGUGGGUGUGCGUUCCUGUAUAAAAAAACAGUGUCCAAACAAGGCAUUCCUACUGACAGUUUGUCCAGUUUUACAACAUGAAAAACCAAGGUAAAAAAUCACUAGAAUGAAUUGUUGAUAGAAAGGCAAAUCUAUAAAUAUAUGAAUAUAAAUAUAAAUAUAUAUAUAAUUUUUAUGUGCAGAUGUCAUUGUCACUAAAUGCAACAAAUGUUCGCAGAGAAAAUAUGAUUAUGUGAUGUACAACAGGACUCUUGGUCACUUGACCUUCAAGUCACCCCCCUCCCCUUCAAUUGGUACAAAAGACGAAUCCCACCUGAGGAUGCUCAGGCUCUGGUGCGAGUUGUGUGUUGUUGUGUGUCCAUGCUUCUUAGAUGAUCGUGCUGAGAGAGGACCGUAUUUGAACACAAGGAUAAAUAAAGACUCUUUGCAAUCAAA